ACAAUCCAGAAAUCCUAUCCUCAGCGAUGGCGGUUCCGCUCCGCUGCUUCCGCCUGCCUCCGCCGCCGCCGCCUCAAGGAAUCUCCGGCGGUAAUCGCACCUACGAGUAUGUAAUGAUUCUUCCAUCGAGAAAGAAAAAGACAUUGAUGUUUUCGAGUUCACGAAGCAAUGAGCUCAAGUUAUCUAAGGGAAGGCUUUUGGACAUGGUCAAGUUCGACGAGGCUCUAGCCAAUUGGAAGCUAUUGUUCAGUCACAUAUCAGAGCAUCAGAGAACAGCAGAAUUCAGCUUCACAAAGGCAUUUGUUUUUGCAAACACUUUGAUGAUCAUUCAGCCUCUCGAUGCUCUAGCAGAAGUAUGCGAGGCUGAUAACUCUCUCUUCAACAUGCCUUUGCUUCUUGGAGUAGCCCUUGUUGGGGCUACUGUUGGGGGAUUGCUAGCACGGCAAAGGAAAGGAGAACUGAAGCGGUUGAAUGAUCAACUGCGACAAAUCAAUGCAGCAUUAAGAAGACAAGCAAAGAUAGAAGGUUAUGCUCCAAAUUUGAGCUAUGCACCAGUUGGGAGAGUGACAGAAGAAGAAGUCAUUGUCGACCCCAGGAAACAACAGCUACUUACAAAUCUGAGAACUGGGAAGAAUUACUUGAGGAACCAAGAUCCAGAAAAAGCUUUUACAGAGUUUAAGGUAGCAAUUGAGCUUGCACAGGAUCUGGGUGAUCAUGUUGAGGAAAAGAAGGCAGCAAGAGGCUUAGGAGCAUCACUGCAAAGGAUAGGAAAAUACAAGGACGCCAUAAAGUACCAUUCUCGGGUUCUGGAGAUAUCGAAGAAAACUGGUGAGGAUUCUGGGACUACAGAGGCAUAUGGGGCAAUAGCUGAUUGCUAUACCGAGCUUGGAGAUCUUGAGAGAGCUGGAAAAUUCUAUGACAAAUACAUUGCGAGAUUGCAGACUGACUGAUCAAUCCAAAGCAUUUAGUUGCCUUUCUUCUGUAUGAAUUAGGUGAUUAGUUUGAGAAUCGUGAGGUUGAUCAGAUCGCGGCAUUUUCAGCUUUUUCCAUUUUAUUUUCUCGUUGCUGCCAAUCCGAACUUGUCAGUGGAUUUGUAUGUAAUGAUUGUGUAUUAAAACAUCUUUUCUCUAGAUUUUGUUGCUUGUUAAGUAUGA